AUGGAAAAGGACAAGAUUCGCAAAAAGUCUAAUAAGAAAUUGAACAAUCAGCUCAGACAUAAAGCCGACAGAAGCACCAAAGUGGAGGGUGUGUUGGCCACUAAGAUCCAGCAGAGUAUAGAAAGAGCUAAGUUUGUUCAGACGACAAGAAAGGCUGGCUGGGACCAGAUCAACAGGACACUCACUAUCUCUUCCAGCGCUAGCGACAAGGAGAAAAAGCUCGCUGUCGAACAAGCAGAGGAAGACAUGGAUCGUGAGGCCGAAGAUCAAUAUGUGAAAGACUUUUAUGGAGAUUCCGAGGCUAACAUGACUGAUGAUGUGGGGGUGCCUGAGAAGCCCACCACCGACGUUCUGGAGAAGCUCAAAUCAACUAACAGAUUUGCGCUUUUGGAGACUGAGGACGAGUAA